CAUGAUUGUAACCGUCACAAAGACGCACAAAAGUCCAUCACCAUCUGUCCGACAUGGGGGGCGAAUAUUUUUCUAUCAUGUGCGUAUGUGGCUGUCGGGCCUUACCACUUGCCUCAAGAGCUUUAUCAGUGUACUGCAUGCAUAUCACAGGGACAUUGUCAACGGGUAAUCCGAGUCUACUUGCAUGCGAUUGUUCUUCGAACGUAUAUUUCGGAGAUUUUGCGCCGUCAGGCUGUUUUUUUUUUCGGCACCAUUUCUGGAAUUCGCUCCUUCUGGCCUUUACAGCCUUGUGGCCGGCUUUCUAGGACUCUAGACGACAUAUCGCCUGCUUAACGACCUCGUAAAGCGCUGUAUCACUUAUGUGUAAUCGUCUUGCUGCGACCUUGGUUUCCU